AUGGCUUCAGUGGUCAUCGACACGCCCGUCGCGCAGGCCGAGCUGCAGCAAACAUGGUCCAACAGUACAUCACACUUCCCGGGUAGCCUCCCGGGCUUCUUCGCCGGCUGGCCUACUUGGCAGUAUGCUGUGACAUUUCUGCUCGGUGUUGUAGUCUACGAUCAAAUUAUGUACCUCAAACGCAAAGGUUCAAUCGCAGGUCCCGCGUUCAAGAUUCCACUCAUGGGACCCUUCCUUCAAGCCCUGCAUCCAAAAUUCGAGGAAUACCUAGCACAAUGGGCGAGCGGUCCCCUAAGCUGUGUAUCCGUCUUCCACAAGUUCGUUGUGCUUGCGUCCGACCGAGACAUCGCCCACAAGGUCUUCAAAUCACCCGCCUACGCCGAGCCGUGCAUCGUGCCCAUCGCCAAGGACAUCCUCGGUCAUAAGUCCUGGGUCUUCCUCCAGGGCAAAGCCCACGCCGAGUACCGCCGGGGCCUGAUGCCCCUGUUCACCAACAAGGCCAUGGCUACCUACCUCCCUGUCCACGAGAAGGUGCUGGGCGACUACUUUGCCAAGUUCGUCGCCGCGAGCGAGGCGGAGCAGGGAGGACCGACGGCCUUCAUGGCGCUCUUCCGCGAGAUCAACUGCGCCCUCUCGUGCCGCACCUUUUUUGGCGACUACAUCUCCCAGGACGCUGUGGAGAAGAUCGCCAACGACUUCUACCUCGUCACCGCCGCCCUCGAGCUCGUCAACGUCCCGCUGUCCAUGUACGUCCCUUUCACCAAGGUCUGGCGGGGCAAGCGCGUGGCCGACGCCGUGCACGCCGAGUUUGCCGCCUGCGCCGCCGCCUGCAAGGCCAGGAUGGCCGCGGGCGCCGCACCGACCUGCAUCGUCGACCACUGGGUGCUCCACAUGAUGGAGUCGGAGCGGUACCGCGCGCGGGUCGCCGCGGGGGACGACGCGGGCGCCGCACGGCCGGCCAACGUGAUCCGGGAGUUCACCAAUGAAGAGAUCUCCGAGACCCUCUUCACCUUCCUCUUCGCGUCCCAGGACGCGUCCAGCAGCGCCACGACCUGGCUGUUCCAGAUCCUCGCCCAGCGGCCCGACGUCGUCGAGCGCGUGCGCGCCGAGAACCUGGCCGCGCGGGGCGGCGACGCGACCAGGCCCUUUGACCUGCCGAUGCUCGAGUCCCUCACGUACACCAACGCCGUGGUCAAGGAGGUCCUGCGCCUCCGACCGCCCGUCAUCUUCGUGCCCUACCUCGCGACCAAGAAGUUCCCCGUUACGCCCAGCUACACGGUCCCCAAGGGGUCCAUGAUUAUCCCGUCGUGCUACCCGGCCCUGCACGACCCGGAGGUCUACCCCAACCCGGACCUCUUCGACCCGGACCGCUGGAUCACCGGGGACGCCGAGUCCAAGACCAGGAACUGGCUCGUCUUCGGCGCGGGGCCGCACGACUGCCUCGCCAGGCGGUACGUGCCGUUGACGAUGGCGGCGAUGAUCGGCAAGGCGACCUUGGAGGUUGACUGGAAGCAUCACGCGACGGCAAAGUCGGAAGAGAUCAGAGUCUUUGCGACGCUGUUUCCUAUGGAUGAUUGCCAGUUGAGUUUCACCCGGCGGUCUUAG